AUGGAUCUCUCCCUCGCCUUCGCCCAUGACGUGGAAGCCUACUACUGGGAUGUCAGGCUGCGCCGACUUGUGCUGGUCAAUCAGCUCGCCAAGGACAUGCUCGAAAGCCGAACCGCGUGCGGUGAGGGUGGUGCCGCCGACGAGACAAAGUCCGAGGUUUACGCUAGAUUGGUGACGACCGAGGACCGUCAGGCCGCCCUGGAUGCGGCACAGGAGUAUCCCGUGGCUGUCUACGGGCCAAGUCCCGAAAAACACCGCAUGGCCACCAGUCCAUCACCGGGCCCAAAAAUCCCAGAAAAAUCCUCCCAGAAAAAUCCUCAACGCCAGACCAGAUUAACCGCCCUGGGUAUCAUAAUCCCUUCACAAUCCCGGCACAUACUUGAGGCCCCUGAAGUGGGCCCGAAACGCCCGCCAACCGACCCUGGCCAUCCUGAUUGUUCCGACGCCGCUCGUACCGAGCUCUCCAAGGCGGCGUUUCGCCUCCUCCGCGCCUUUGAGCACACCGUUAAGAUGCACGAGUCGGAGUUUAAGAUGAAUGAUAAGCAGCGGGAUGAAGACCUGCGCUACUAUCGAGAGACGUGUCAGACACGUCGCCAGCUCAAGCUUCUCGCCGAACCAGCUCCGAUUCGGGAUGCCAACGAGUCCGAGCAAGACUGGAGAGUUUUGUCUAGGUUUUAACCAUAUACUGACGGUUUUAACUUAGAUCCAUCAGACCAACUCCCGGAAAAUGUUCUGGGAGCACCCCAAGAAUCAGGGUGUUAAGAUGGCAAAGAGCUUCC